AUGAAACUCGAUGCUAAAGCGAUCCGGUACCUAAACUCAGAAGACUUCCGAGUUCUCUCUGCGGUGGAAAUCGGAAGCAAAAACCAUGAAGUAGUGCCGACGCCGUUGAUUGCGCAGAUCUCUGGUCUCCGUGGAAGUGGGGUUACUCGGUCGAUUUCUGCAUUAGCGAAGACGAACUUGAUCGCGAAGGUGAAGAAUGCGAAGUAUGACGGCUACCGAUUGACCUACGGAGGAUAUGAUUAUCUCGCUCUUAAUGCGCACCAGAAACACAAAUGCAUCUACUCUGUCGGCAACCAGAUCGGAGUCGGGAAGGAAUCGGAUAUUGUCGUCGUCGCAGACAAAACUGGCAAGCAGAGCAUUCUAAAAAUUCACCGUCUGGGCCGUAUCUCGUUCCGAUCAGUCAAGAACAAUCGCGACUACCUGCGACACCGAAGCUCUGGAUCAUGGAUGUACAUGUCGCGUCUGGCAGCAAUGAAAGAAUACGCGUUUAUGAAAGCUCUUGGACAAAACGGAUUUCCGGUGCCGGAACCCAUUUCGCAGAACCGACACACGAUAGUGAUGAGUUUGAUCGAUGCUUUCCCUCUCCGUCAAAUAUCCGAGGUCUCACAGCCAGACGUGCUUUACUCAGAACUUAUGGAUAUGAUCGUGAGACUUGCGCGGUUCGGUCUGAUCCAUGGUGACUUCAACGAGUUCAACCUUCUGAUUAAGGAAAUCGAGGACCCUGAUGCUAAGGAGGGCGAAAGCCCUGAGAUCAUCCGGCUGGAGCCAAUUCUCAUUGAUUUCCCGCAGAUGGUCUCGGUAGACCAUCCUAACGCUGAGAUGUAUUUUGAUCGCGAUGUUGACUGCAUCAAGCGCUUUUUCCAGCGAAAGUUCAAAUUUGUGAGCGACAUGCCUGGUCCUUUCUUCAAAGACGCCAAGAAACAGCUUAUUAAGAAUCCUUCCGAACGACUGGAUAUUCAAGUCGAGGCGUCUGGGUUCUCUAGGAAGAUGGCGAAGGAGCUGGAGGCAUACAUGAAGGAAGUUGGAGCCAACGAGGACAACGAAGAGUCCCGGAAUGAGGAUUCUGAAGACGAGGACGAGGAGGAAGAGGAGGAGGAGGAAUCAGGGUCCGAGGAAGAUGAAAAGCAAACAUCCGGGACACGCUCAGACGAGGUCGAUGAUAGUUCUCGGAAAUUAGAAGAACUACGUGUGUCGUAA